AACCCUGGAGAUGUCCGGUGUGCGCCGUCUCCUGCUCGGAUACCUGUUCCCGGCCCUCCUGCUGCUCGGGCUGGGAGAGGGUUCUGCGCUCCUCCACCCAGACAGCAGAUCCCAUCCUCGCUCCCUAGAGAAGAGUGCAUGGAGGGCUUUCAAGGAAUCACAGUGCCAUCACAUGCUCAAGCAUCUCCACAAUGGUGCACGCAUCACUGUGCAGAUGCCACCAGCCAUUGAGGGCCACUGGGUCUCCACGGGCUGUGAAGUGAGAUCGGGGCCAGAGUUCAUCACCAGGUCUUACAGAUUCUACCACAAUAACACCUUCAAGGCUUACCAGUUUUAUUAUGGCAGCAACCGGUGCACAAAUCCCACCUACACACUCAUCAUCCGUGGUAAGAUUCGCCUCCGCCAAGCAUCCUGGAUCAUCCGUGGGGGCACUGAAGCUGACUACCAGCUGCACGGUGUCCAGGUCAUCUGCCACACAGAGGUGGUUGCAGAGCAGCUCAGCCGGCUGGUGAACCACACGUGCCCAGGCUUCCUGCCCUUGGGUGGCUCCUGGGUGCAGGACAUGGCCUAUGACCUGUGGCGGGAAGAGAAUGGCCACGAAUGCACCAGAGCCGUGAACUUUGCCAUGCAUGAGCUGCAGCUCAUCCGCGUGGAGAAGCAGUAUCCCCAUCACAGCCUGGACCACCUGGUAGAGGAGCUCUUCCUCGGCGACAUCCACACAGAUGCCACUCAGAGGAUGUUCUACCGGCCGUCCAGCUACCAGCCGCCCCUGCAGAAUGCCAAGAACCACAACCAUGCCUGCAUAGCCUGUCGGAUCAUCUAUCGCUCUGACGAACACCACCCGCCCAUCCUGCCCCCAAAGGCUGACCUGACCAUUGGCUUGCAUGGGGAGUGGGUAAGCCAGCGUUGUGAGGUGCGCCCUGAAGUCCUGUUCCUUACCCGCCACUUCAUUUUCCACGACAACAACAACACCUGGGAGGGGCAUUACUACCACUACUCGGACCCCGUCUGCAAGCACCCCACCUUCACCAUCUAUGCCCGGGGCCGGUACAGCCGUGGUGUGCUCUCCUCCAGGGUCAUGGGCGGCACGGAGUUUGUGUUCAAAGUGAAUCACAUGAAGGUGACCCCUAUGGACGCGGCCACAGCUUCGCUCCUCAAUGUCUUCAAUGGGAAUGAGUGUGGGGCUGAGGGCUCCUGGCAGGUGGGCAUCCAACAGGAUGUAACACACACCAAUGGCUGCGUGGCCCUGGGCAUCAAGCUACCUCACACAGAAUAUGAGAUCUUCAAAAUGGAGCAGGAUGCCCAGGGUCGCUACCUGCUCUUCAAUGGCCAGAGGCCCAGCGAUGGCUCUAGCCCAGACAGGCCAGAGAAAAGAGCCACAUCCUACCAGAUGCCGUUGGUCCAGUGUGCCUCAGCAGCACCCAGGGCCGAGGAUUUGUUGGAAGACAGUAGAGGCUACCAGUAUGGCCGGGCACCAGGAAGGAACACCCAGGCCCUGCUGUCUGUUGCUGUCACCUGGCUUUUGACUCUACUGCAUUGGAACAUCCUCAGAUAGAAGUUUUUAGAAAAUUAUAUUUUUCCAAACUAAAAUUUGCCAUUUACAGAUUUACUUUAUGAAAAGAAAGGACAUGGAUUCCUUUGAUGCACUUGAAUGCCUGAGAACUCUCAUUCCCUUUUCCCCUCCCCACUUCCAGUCCCUGAGUCAUGAAAGCGUAUUUGAAGUUUCUUCUUUGAACUCUGUCCAGCCGGAUCCCUGGCCUGAGCAACUUCAUGGCAGUAAUUGCACUUUAAGUCUUCAGAGAGUUUGGGCUAGUGUGAUUGGUAGAGACAGCAGGGGUGAGAGCUAGGUCCUCUUAUUUUUGUCCUCCUAAUUAUUAUUGUAUUUCUGAGUUGAGCUUAGAAGAGGCAAAGGUCAAGCUACAA